UCCCUCGCUCCCUCGCUCCCUCCUCGCACUCCCCGGCUCCGGCCGCGCGCUGGCGGGGCUCCGCAUUGCACACUCUGGGGGCGCCGCAGUGUUCGUGGGAUGGGGCAGCGGGCUGCCGCUGGCGGCCGGAAUCCGCGUGCAGCCGGGGUGCAAAUCCUCUUUCAUCAUCUGGAGUCCCCGCUCCCAGGUCCCCUGGAUGAGUGAAGCCUCGGUCUGCCAUGGAAGCUGGCCCCGCCCUGGCCUGGCUGCUGCUCCUCAGUCUGCUGGCUGACUGUCUGAAAGCCGCCCAGUCCCGGGACUUCACCGUGAAAGACAUUAUCUACCUCCACCCUUCAACCACACCAUAUCCUGGUGGAUUUAAGUGCUUCACCUGUGAAAAGGCAGCAGACAAUUAUGAGUGCAACCGAUGGGCUCCAGACAUCUACUGCCCUCGAGAGACUAGAUACUGCUACACUCAGCACACCAUGGAAGUCACAGGAAACAGCAUCUCUGUCACCAAGCGCUGUGUUCCGCUGGAAGACUGCUUGUCCACUGGCUGCAGAGACUCCGAGCAUGAAGGCCACAAGGUCUGCACUUCCUGUUGUGAAGGAAAUAUCUGUAACUUGCCGCUCCCCCGAAAUGAAACUGAUGCCACAUUUGCCACAACGUCACCCAUAAAUCAGACGAAUGGGCACCCGCACUGCAUGUCCGUGAUAGUGUCCUGCUUGUGGGUGUGGUUGGGACUCACAUUAUAGCAGCUCAAAGGCACCCUGUAGUAGCAAUUCCUGGGGGCCUUGAGGGUCCAUAGUCAUGCAUGAGGCAUUGGCCUGACAAUAGUCACAUAUGUGAAAACACAGCACUCCGGAUGUCUUCACAACCAAGCACUUCUACUUACCACGAGGAACAAGCAUUGCUUCAAUGUAGUCAUUUCAGAACCUCAUCAAAGCAGCCUGCCCCCAAACAACCCCUGAAUUCUAUGCCACAAGCAUUUGUUUUCCCUCUAAAAAAUAGUUUUCAUUUACUGAGAUCUGGGGCUCUUAAUUUGGAAUCCAUGCAUGAACCACAGAAGUCCUGGGACCCUCUGAGAUGUGUGUGCUCAGUCGCUCCAUCAUGUCUGACUCUUUGUGACUCCAUGGACUGUAACCCACCGGGCUCUUCUGUCCUUGGAAUUUCCUAGGCAAGAAUACUGGAGUGGGGUGCCAUUUCCUACUCCAGGGGAUCUUUGCAACCCAGGGAUUGAACCUGAGUCUCUGUCUCCUUCACUGGCAGGUGGAUUGUUUACCACUAGCACCACCUGGGAAGCCCCAGUAUGUUAUAUGGACACAUGUAGAUCUGUGUUCUUCAGGAGAAAAGUCAAUGACCACUGAUUUAGGUGGUCCAACCAUGAAUUCACUUAUAGCUUUAGAGUUUUAAAACUUUGAUUCCCAAAUGAAUGGUCAAUUUCCUUGGCAAUUCUGAUCUAAGUCCCUAGAAAAAUAGUAAGCAGUUUGUCCAAUUGUCCCAAUAUUCUUCUCCCAGUGAUAGGAAUCAUACUCCCUUUUUUCUGCCUGGGAUAAGAAAAGGCGAUCAUAAGGUUUUUUGUAUGGGAGGAGAGGUCGCUGGAAAAGGAUUUUUCCCAACUUGAUUAGUGUUCAUAAGGUGACUGUUUAUCUCUUCAUAUAAUUGGUGAGAUUAGCCUUGACUGGCACCUAAUUUUGCUCCAUGAAAUUCUGGAUUCUACUUGGACUAAUAGGUAUCCAAAGUGGCUGACAGCAAGAUGGGCCUAUUUCCUCCAAGCAUGAGGUUCUAUUCAGGCAUGGCUAAUCAAGACAGAGAAAGGAUUUCAGAAUGAAAGGAAGAUGUGUGGAACUGAUUCAUUUGUGAGUGCCCAGUCAUUGUCUCUGCCAAACCUUUCAUCUGCAAUUUACACUGCCCAAGAGCCUCCUUUGUUCUUUCUCUUCCAAAUCCCCCAUGACUUCAGGGAGAAGGUUCUGCAUUACGUUGUCUCCAGAUUGAUAGGGAAAGAAGUCAUAAUAUCCCAGGAUGAGAAGCAGGUGGGCCAGUAGGGUCAUGAUGAGAAUAGUACAAAAACCCAGAGAGAAGUUUUUCUUUCUUUGAGAUGAUUGCUUUUGAAGCAAAUGGUAAAACUUUCACCAUCCUUCCUAUAUUUUUGGCACCUCAAGUUACAUUUUUUUCUUCUUCCUUAUAAAUCACUUAUAUAAUAUUUAUUUUUGUAUGGCAUAACUAGAAACUAAGAUAUAUCAUAAAAGAUUCUUUAUUCUGAACAAAACGAUCAAAUCAGAAUGCCUAUUUUUCAACGGUGGUAGAGCUUGUAAUAUAUGUUUGUUGAAAGUUAUCUAUAAUACUUGCACCAGUGUUGAAAAAACUUAUGAAAAAGAAUAAUGUGUUGGCCUCAAGGCUUUUGCUCAUGGUUUCCUCAGUGGUGCUGUCCGAAAAGUAUUCAGGUGGUGACCAUCACUGGUACGAGUUUUUCAGCAGGGUUAGGGCAUAUCUUUGCAUGGACUUCAGUGGAGUCAUUACUGAUUAGGAGGACAGUUGUUGGGGGCCAUCUGCCCUGCACAGGAAGAGAUCUUGGACUCAUGAAAUGAGACCCCCCCAAAGGGACCAAAUGGGAACUGACAUCAGAAACUCUGAUACAAAAUCAUUUUAAUUGCAUCAAAUGGCCUUAAUUCCGAGUUUGGUAGGCUUAUCAAUAUGUUGCUUACAGUUGGGGUAGGGGAAGUAGAGGGAGAGAAGGCAAGACAUUUACUAAGCACCUCUUAGGUGCCAGACGCUAGGCUAAGCACUUUACGUGAGUUGGGUCAUAUAAGCCCUGUGAGAACCCGGUAAGGAAUGUUACUAGUAUUUACACUUGACAGAUGAAGGUACUGAAGCUCUAAGAAGCUUUUCCUUCUGGUUUAGGUUAUGUGGGAUGAGGCAGGAUGGAAGAGAAAGGGAAGGUGGAAGAGAAAGGAAAGGUAGAAUUGCCAUUCCUAGGAAAACUUCCAGGCCUAAUAUCAUGGGUAUUCUUUCAUUUUAUGUGUGGAAUUUGUUUAGUCCUGCUUCUAUAGGAUGUCAUUUGUGUGUGACCCCAGACAGUGUUUCUUCUUUGGGGGGUGAGGUAUGGCUUCUUCAUUCAUUCCUUUUGCUAUCAAAGAGGAGGCAGGUUGAUCCUACAUCUGAAGAUGCCAUAAGACAAUGACAAUUUGAUGUUGUAUAUACCUACAAAUACAUUUUCAUGCAUGGGUCACUCUCCACUGACACCUUCCAUGUACUGCAUGUGUUUAGAAUAAGAGAUAAAGUCCAAAUCUCGGUUCUUCAUAAGAAGGCUCCUCUCCGAAGCCUUCCUGACUGGUGUGGAGGGACUGGGUCCGCAAUGGUGCAAACUUAUCUGCUACCCAGGGGGCCACUGCAAACUCCACCUGGGUGUGGCUUCGUGCACCCAUGUGUCUAUAGAAUGGCUGGUAUUUCACUCUCUUCAAAGAAAGUAGUUUGCUCACCAACCCCAGCCUCGAGGAGCCAAGGAAGGGCUAUUCAUGUGGAAGGUCCAGGACCAGUCAUCCAUCUGAAUUUUCUACCACCUUAAACCUUCCAUUAAAUCCUACAGCUGGUGAUGAAGUGCAAAGAUGUGAAUAUGAACCUACGUGCCAUUUAUUUAUUUUUAAACUUCCCACAGCAUUCAUGUCAAUAUGGGAUUUAAUGCCUAAAUUUUGUAAAUAUUGUACAUAUUGUAAAUCAAUGAAUAAAGAUUUUAAGUGUA